AAACCCCCGCUGAGAAGAGCCCGCCCCCAGAAGCGCGCCGCCGCCGGCCGUCGGGGCCGAGCCGCAGCCGAGCGGCCGUGGGCCCGGGCGGCGGGCGGAGACGCUGGCGCCCUCCCCGCUACGGCCCGCGUGAGGUGAAUUGCUGGAGGCUAUCCACUCUCCUUUCUCCAAUGUCUCUUCAGAUUAUGCUUGAUAAGUGCAGUUCUUUAUACUUCACCAGGAUGGAUGAGGCAAUACAUCUGAGUUAGAGAUCAGACUUGUUACUUAUAUGUGACACCAUUCCAGCACUGAACUCAUGGAGGCUGAACAUUUAUUCAGGAGUCCAUAGAGGCUACUGUAUUCUAUUGAAGAAGAUGUCUAACAGCAACACUACUCAAGAGACCCUGGAAAUAAUGAAAGAAUCGGAAAAAAAGCUGGUGGAAGAAUCUGUAAACAAAAACAAGUUUAUAUCUAAGACUCCAAGCAAAGAAGAAAUUGAGAAAGAGAGUGAAGAUAGCAGUUUGCGUCAGGAGACACAGAGGCGGACAUCCAACCAUGGUCAUGCCAGGAAAAGAGCCAAGUCUAAUUCCAAGCUGAAAUUGGUGCGCAGCCUUGCAGUGUGUGAGGAAUCCUCUGCUCCAUUUGUUGACGGGCCACUAGAAACCCAGGAUAUAAUUCAAUUGCACAUCAGCUGCCCCUCUGACAAGGAGGAAGAAAAGUCCACAAAGGAUGUCUCUGAAAAGGAAGACAAGGACAAAAACAAAGAAAAGGUCCCCAGGAGGAUGCUGUCUAGAGACUCCAGCCAAGAAUAUACGGACUCCACUGGAAUAGACCUACAUGAAUUUCUUGUAAAUACACUGAAAAAGAACCCAAGGGACAGAAUGAUGCUGCUAAAAUUAGAACAGGAGAUUCUGGACUUUAUUAAUGACAACAACAACCAGUUCAAGAAGUUCCCUCAGAUGACCUCAUAUCACCGGAUGCUAUUACACCGGGUAGCUGCCUAUUUUGGGAUGGACCACAAUGUAGAUCAAACUGGAAAAGCUGUCAUCAUCAACAAAACCAGUAACACAAGAAUCCCUGAACAGAGAUUCUCAGAACAUAUAAAGGAUGAGAAGAAUACAGAAUUUCAACAGAGAUUCAUUCUUAAGAGAGAUGAUGCCAGUAUGGACCGAGAUGAUAACCAGAUCAGAGUUCCAUUGCAGGAUGGAAGGAGGAGCAAGUCAAUAGAAGAGAGAGAGGAGGAAUAUCAAAGGGUCCGAGAGAGAAUAUUUGCCCGAGAGGCUAUGUUGGUGAUUAUCAGAGCACAGAUGUGGCAUCCAUUCUCUGAGCUCCACAUUCCACACGCACAGAGGACUGGCCAGAACGGAUAUCUAAAUGACAUCAGACUCUCCAAAGAAGCCUUUUCUUCUAGCUCUCACAAGAGAAGGCAGAUUUUUAGGGGGAACCGUGAGGGGCUGAGCCGCACCUCAAGCAGCCGCCAGAGCAGCACAGACAGCGAACUCAAAUCCCUGGAGCCACGGCCUUGGAGCAGCACAGACUCCGAUGGCUCUGUCCGGAGCAUGCGGCCCCCUGUCACCAAAGCCAGCAGCUUCAGUGGAAUCUCCAUCCUCACCCGGGGUGACAGCAUCGGGAGCAGCAAAGGUGGCAGUGCAGGAAGGAUCUCCAGGCCAGGUAUGGCGCUAGGUGCCCCAGAAGUGUGCAACCAGGUCACCUCAUCCCAGUCUGUCCGGGGCCUUCUCCCUUGUACUGCCCAACAACAGCAGCAGCAGCAGCAGCAACUUCCUGCUCUCCCACCCACGCCUCAACAACAGCCACCCUUGAAUAAUCACAUGAUUUCACAGCCAGUCCCGGCUCUGCAGCCCUCUCCGCAGCCUGUUCAGUUCUCUCCAGGCUCCUGUCCCCAAGUCCUUCUGCCAGUCUCUCCGCCCCAGCAGUACAACAUGGCAGAUGAUCUCAGCAACCCCUUUGGACAAAUGAGCCUUAGUCGCCAAGGUUCUACUGAAGCAGCUGACCCAUCCUCAGCUCUGUUCCAGCCCCCACUUAUCUCCCAGCACCCUCAGCAGACUAGCUUCAUCAUGGCUUCUACAGGGCAGCCCCUCCCUACUUCCAACUAUUCCACCUCGAGCCAUGCACCACCUACUCAGCAAGUCCUGCCACCACAGGGCUACAUGCAGCCCCCUCAACAGAUCCAGGUGUCUUACUAUUCCCCUGGACAGUAUCCCAGCUCCAGCCAGCAAUACCGACCUCUGUCUCACCCGGUGGCCUACAGCCCCCAGCGUGGUCAGCAGCUGCCGCAGCCAUCCCAGCAGCCUGGUUUACAGCCCAUGAUGCCUAACCAGCAGCAAGCGGCUUACCAAGGCAUGAUUGGGGUCCAGCAGCCACAGAACCAGGGCCUGCUCAGCAACCAGAGGAGCGGCAUGGGGGGCCAGAUGCAAGGCCUGGUGGUUCAGUACACUCCACUGCCUUCUUACCAAGUCCCAGUGGGUAAUGACUCACAAAAUGUGGUCCAGCCGCCUUUCCAGCAACCCAUGCUGGUCCCUGCAAGCCAAUCUGUGCAGGGGGCCCUCCCAGCAGGGGGUGUUCCAGUGUACUACAGCAUGAUCCCGCCAGCUCAGCAGAACGGUACAAGCCCUUCUGUGGGGUUUCUGCAGCCUCCUGGCUCUGAGCAGUACCAGAUGCCUCAGUCUCCCUCUCCCUGCAGUCCACCACAGAUGCCACAGCAGUACUCAGGAGUGUCACCUUCUGGACCGGGUGUGGUGGUCAUGCAGCUGAAUGUCCCUAAUGGACCCCAGCCUCCCCAGAACCCGCCCAUGGUCCAGUGGAGUCACUGUAAAUAUUACAGCAUGGACCAGCGGGGUCAGAAGCCUGGAGACCUGUACAGUCCUGAGAGUAGCCCCCAGGCCAGCACACAGAUGAGCAGCAGCCCUGUCACAUCUCCUACUCAAUCUCCAGCACCCUCUCCUGUCACCAGCCUCAGCAGCGUCUGCACAGGGCUCAGUCCCCUUCCUGUCCUCACACAGUUCCCCCGGCCUGGAGGUCCCGCACAGGGUGAUGGUCGCUACUCCCUCUUGGGCCAGCCAUUACAGUACAAUCUGUCCAUCUGCCCUCCCCUGCUCCAUGGCCAGUCAGCUUACUCGGUGCACCAGACAGACUGGGAUGCAAGGCAGUCAAUAUUGUUUACCUGGAAUGAGAGUUAUCUUUCAAAUGUUGAAGGGACAGAGCGGAUUGAAGCAUGGAAACCGGAGCAAGAGACAAGCACUCAAAUCUGCCUCCACUGACCUGGGGACAACAGACGUUGUUCUGGGACGGGUACUGGAGGUGACAGAUCUCCCGGAGGGCAUCACCCGUACCGAGGCAGACAAACUCUUCACUCAGCUUGCCAUGUCCGGCGCCAAGAUCCAGUGGCUCAAGGAUGCUCAGGGGCUGCCUGGUGGGGGUGGGGGGGACAAUGGUGGGACUGCUGAGAACGGCCGCCACUCGGACCUCGCUGCCUUGUACACCAUCGUGGCUGUGUUCCCCAGCCCCCUGGCUGCUCAGAAUGCCUCCCUUCGCCUCAACAACUCCGUGAGUCGCUUCAAACUACGAGUGGCCAAAAAGAACUAUGACCUGAGGAUCCUGGAGCGAGCUAGCUCCCAAUAAAUGGAGAAGAGAAGGGACCAGCAUGGCAGGGGUGGGGGCAGGGUGGAGGGGGUCAAGAGGUCCUGUCAGACCACAGACAGAGGCAGAAAGUAAGAUAAGGUCUACAGACAGACACUAACUGGAGCCUAAGACAGUGGGGAUGAAGGUGGAGACAGAGACAGACACACUGGCGCUGGGCUUUCUCACUCCCCUGCCAAGGGUCCCUCCAUUUUCCUGGUUGGCCCAUGUCCGCUUCCCCCUCUUUCCCAUACUCUCCUAUCAUUUUUUAUCUCUUCUCUCACCAUGAAAUUAAUUCAUAUUUUUUGGUCAGGUAGAAUUGGGAGGGUCCCACACUCCCCCAUUCUCCUAUUUCCUUACCAUCCCAAGCUCCCUUUUCUUUUUUGGUCUUUAUGAAUAUAUUUAUAUGGACAGAAUUAAGAAAAACAAAAUUGAUUUCCCCUUUCUCUCACCCCAUCUUGUCUCUCCAAACCCCACAGAGUUUAAACUUGGGCCUCCUUCCACCCCCCGCAGAACACUUGUAUAUUGUUUGUUUGAGGUUUGUGCCGCAGUAACAGACACAGUAUUUAAUUGCACAUACAGAUGUUUGCUGGGUAUAUUCACUGUAAAUUUUAUUUAAUCUGAUUUUUUGUUUGUUGGGGGUUCUUUGGGGGGGAGGUUGAUUUUGUUUUUAAAUAUAAAAAAAAAAAAAUCUGUUGCUGGA